UGUCUAAGGAAGCGCUAACAAACAAAAAGAAAAUUACUUGAGGUGCAAGCAGAGGACAAUGCUACCCGUCGUGCGUGGACGCCGCUCUACACACCAAGACGCGAAAAUGGAGAAAGCAAAGAAAGAAUUAGUCCGAGAAAUGGCCGAAUGUGGGUAUCGUGCACACCCAAGUGUCUUGUUCAUUUGAGGACGGACCAUGUGGUUGGCACAACGUCAGUGAUGACCCACAACAAGGAUGGGGUAUCUGGCACAUGGCAAAACAGACCUUUAAACGCCCUCAUGAUAGUCACAGAUUCUCGGGACCACAAGAUGACCACACCCUUCAAAAUCUACAAGGGAGUUAUCUUUAUUACAUCUUCAGCUACACUCCACCCCGGCGUGGUUGUUCUCGAAACGAAACAGAGAUCCAACUAGAAAGUAGCUUGUUGGACCUAACAACAAAGGCUAAUUUUAGCUUCUGGUAUGUGUUAAAAGGAUGGUCUGUCGGCCAUUUGCACCUUUUUGGUAAGAACGGACUUAAACUUUGGGACUCCUCCGUUAACCACACUGGUUCCGAAUAUUGGACGCAAGCCAGUGUCCAGCUAGAUUCUGGAGUUUAUCGAUUAACAUUUAAAGCAAGCUGCAAACAUGCAAUGCAUAAUGAUAUUGCGAUUGACGACAUAGUACUAAAAGGAGAACCUUUGGGCACAAUGACAACAGCACAGUAUGAUGAAACAACAGCGCUGCCUUUAGAGACAUCAACUGAAGCUGAAUUUAGCAGGACGAAAAGGCCAACCACCAGAAAAACAGGACUGUCUUUGCCCUUAGAGACAACAACAACAGUUGAAUCGGGCGGGACAAAAAAACCAACUAUCAAAACAACAGCAUGUUGCGUGCACACCCAGGUGUCUUGUUCAUUUGAAGACGGACCAUGUGGUUGGCACAACGUCAGUGAUGACCCACAACAAGGAUGGGGGAUCUGGCACAUGGCAAAACAGACCAUUAAACUCCCUCAUGAUAGUACUUUAUUCUCAGGACCCUACGAUGAUCAUACCCUUCAAAGUGCUUGGAUAGCCAAACAGAAAUACAACUAG